AUGGACUCGGGAGGGCGUCAGAAGCAUGCUAAAAGGGAGAGAACAAUCUGCGGUGUCAUCCAUGAAGCAGCUGAAGCAGCUCAGGAAAGGCGCGGGAACAGGACGAAGCCACAACCGUGGAUUGUCAGGAAGCUAGUGGUUGGGUUUACGGUCGGUAUCAUGGGCUACGCCGCGUAUGUGUAUAUACGGCAGCUGUGUUUGCCCAUGAUCUGGAGGAGAGAAGGGGCACCCGCCAGUCGAGGCACAGGCAUCGCUUUGCUCGCGGUGUUUUGUGUUCUUUAUUUUUGGAUGGUUUGGGCAUACUUCAUGGUUGUGAUAACCGGUCCUGGAUAUGCGCGAGACCAUGUUCAAAAGUCAGAAAGGCCUCUCAUUCCCUCACUUGCCCCCUUCCGCGAAUCAUUCCAGUCUACUGAACUCUCACACCCCGAUGUUAUUGCACCUCCAUCACCACCAUUACAGGAUGUUGAAUUGGGUAACCGUCAAUCUUCCCAAAGAAACCGCUCCUUCUCUGCCGCCACUUCUCGCUCUCAAGCACGCUCCCUGAGUUCAGCGGUACAGAAGCGAGAGAAUGGGCUUGCAGGUCCUUCUUAUGAAGAUCUGCUCAAACGGGACGCUGCCCAAGAAAGCAACGCAGGGAUACUGGACUCAAUCUCGCCACCCAAACCCGCGUUGUUAUCCAACUCAAAAUCGCUGUCGUCGACCUCCCCUGUGCUAAAUUCAUUUGCGACAGUGACAUCCCAUCAACCAGAAGAGGGAAGCUCCAAUUCCUUGAAUCCCCCAAUAAAACCUGAGCCAUUACGUUCUUCCACUCGUGCCCUUAACUCUACACCGUCUGCCCAACGAAAAAAGGAGAUGGAGGAGAUAGAAAGGCUGGAAGCGCUGAAUGUGACGAGGAAGCCUCCGACGACUCCUGUUUUGCAGCCCGUUCACAGAUAUUGCAUAAGAGACGGGAUCGUAAAGCCUUAUCGAUCUCACCAUUGUCGCAUAUGUGGAACGUGCAUUCUGCGAUACGACCAUCAUUGCCCAUGGAUAGGACAAUGUGUGGGAGCACGAAACUACAAGUUCUUCCUAAAUUUCUGCCAAGCAGCAGCCGUGUUUACGUCAUACACGUUUGGGACACUGAUCGCCUACACCGUGGUGGCAUCCAAGUCAUCAAUAUCUAAUAUCGAUGCCCAGCAAAUCAUCAUAAUCGCACUUAGCGGGCUAUUCUUCAUAUUUACCGCUGCAUUGGUAAUAUCUCAUACACACCUAAUUUUGAGUGGGCAGACGACAGUAGAAAGUUUGCAUAUCAGGCAUAUGAAGGACAGGGAAGAUCGGGCAUUAGCGAAGGCAUUCAAUUGGUGGCAAAUUUCUGCCAAACAGAGGACUAAAAAGAAGUGGGAUCAAGAGUGGGGAAGACUAGAUAAGGAGGGAAACAUCUGGUGGAGAGGUAAUGCGCGAGACGAAUGGGUAGACGUGAUGGGUAGCAGUUGGAUUGGAUGGAUACUCCCAACACUACGGAAUGGCGGAAGUAACGGACUUGAAUACCCAGUGAACCCAAGAUUUGACUUCGAAGGUCGUUGGCGGAAACGAUCCGAAUGGCCUGCAGCGUUGCGGUGA